GAGACAUUAGAUUCAAGAAGAAGCUCAAAACCAAAAUCUCAAAAAUUUGCAAUUCCCCAAAAGAAAAAGCCAGAAAUAUAGAGAAAGAAGAGAGAGUGAGAGUGAAGCAAAUGGGUUUCACAAUGGGCCUGAACCUGCUGCUCUUGAUGGCUAUGGUGGCCACCAACAUACUCUCACUCUACCAUCUCUCCUCCACUAUCCAAACCCCCAAAUCCCCAGCUCCACAGCCAGUCCCUGACCACCUCCUCCACCAGCUCCACACCAUACGCGCCACCAUCAAUCACCUCACGCACCACUACCCAUCUCCACCGGUCACCGCCAAAGCAGCCAAACCCACCAUCCCCUCAGAUCUCCUCCUCUACUCUCAGCUCUCCCCCAUAGCCUCCUCCUGCCAUAACCACCCUGAGCUCCUCCACAAGUACAUGACCUACACCCCCUUCUCUCUCUGCCCUCUUGACUCGGACCCCCCCCCGCCACUCACUCUGCGCGGCUCCCCCCCCCUCCCUCGCCGCCGCUGCUUCACCAAAACCCCGCCAAAACCCACUUCUUCUCUCCCCCAGAACCCAUUUCCUUCUUCGCUUCCAGACGCCAAUGUCUUGUGGACCAAGUAUUCGUGCAAAAGCUUCAGCUGCCUCAACCGCCAGAACCUCAAUUUGGGCUUCGACCCGCCUCACGAAGUGGUCAAUUUCAUGACUUACAAGUCCGAGCUCGACCUCCCCAUCCCUCAGCUCUUCCAAAUCGCCAAGGCGGCCAACUCGGUCCUCCGGCUCGGCAUCGACAUCGGCGGCGGGACCGGGUCCUUCGCAGCGAGGAUGAAGCUCUACAAUGUCACCAUUGUCACCACGACCAUGAACCUCGGGAUCCCCAACAAUGAGGCGGUGGCGCUGAGGGGGCUGGUGCCGAUUCACGCGCCGCUGCAGCAGCGGCUGCCAGUGUUCGAUGGGGUGGUGGAUCUGGUGCGGUGCGGGCACGCCGUGAACCGGUGGAUACCGGUGACGGCGUUGGAGUUUCUGCUGUUUGAUGCGGAUAGAGUGUUGAGGGGAGGAGGGUACUUGUGGCUGGACCAUUUUUUCAGCAAAGAGGCGGAUCUUGAUAAGAUUUUUGGACCGUUGAUUGGGAAAUUGGGGUACAGGAAGGUGAAGUGGGCGACGGCGAGCAAGAACGAUUCGGGUGGGUUGAAGAAUGGAGAGGUUUACUUAUCUGCUCUUCUCCAAAAGCCUGUCUCAAAAUGAGGGUUGAGAUUUGAGGCUUGCAGGUAUUUCUGUCAAUCUUUGCUCUUCAGCUGAUAAGAAACCGUUACGCACAAUUACCUCCCCGUUGGAAGAUGGGGGUCCUUGGUCAUUGAGCCAUGAAGCAGUAUAUUUACAUUCUCUGGUCCGAAGUGAGUUGAGCUCUUAUCUGCUUGUUAAUGAGGUAAACAAUUGUCAAAUGUACCAAGACUUGUAUGGGGACAUUAGGCCGGAUGUAAAUUCACGAAGGGUCCCCUCCCCAAGGGAAAAAAAGCUGAAAAUGAAACAUAUUAAUGGCUUUUUGUGGGGCUCUCGACUGAUUGUAAGGUUUGUUCCAAUUAAUUCUUGAGAAAUAAAUCCGCAGAGCGAUUAUGCUUUUUGGUAGGCUAA